GAACAACGUACCGUGACACGGAAGUGUAAAUUGAUGAUUGUUGUCAUGCGUAUUCGAGACUGUGAUCAGAGAAGAAUUUCACGGGUGACGGAAGGUUUAUUGGAGUGCGAUACAGAAAGUUGGAAUAGACGAUUGUCUGAAGUCAAAAGUGUCUGUCAAUGUUAAUUGGUCUCCAUCACUUGUCUACCACUUCUUGCCCAAUCUUGACCAGGAAACAACAAUGGGGUAUGAAGUUAUAGUCAUCAAAGAAGGAUACUGUUUUCCAGAGGGUGAAGAUUUUGUACGUGCCUGUGGAUCCAUCACACUGUUAAAGGGACGUCAUGUGAUCAUUGUCGACACUGGGAAUCCAAGAGACAAGAAUUUGAUCCUGCAAGGUCUCAGUAAUAACGGCUUGACCCCCGAGAAUGUGGAUUACGUUGUUUGCACUCACGGUCAUGCAGAUCGCGUCGGCAACCUCAACCUGUUCUCGCGAGCUAUCCACAUCGUCGCUUACGACAUCUGUGUCGGUGACCAGUACCUGAUGCAUGACUUCAAGGAGGGUAUCCCGUAUGAAAUCGAUGAGUUCGUGGAAGUGAUAGCAACUCCGGGACGCACCGGGGCUGAUGUCUCGGUGGUAGUGAAGAAGACACCAUUGGGGACAGUCGUUUUAACAGGAAAUCUCUUUGAAUGUUGCAAUGACCUGGAUGAUCCCCAACUCUGGCAGAACAGCAGCGAUGAGCCAGAAGUCCAGGAACAGAGUCGAAUCAAAGUGCUCAAAGUGGCGGACCACAUCAUUCCAGGACACGGACCUAUGUUCAAAGUGCCUGUCGAGUACAAGAAACAGAUGCGAGUCUUGAUGGUGUGCGAAAUCUUCACUGUGUCGGAAACGGGGCUUGCCUACCAUAACUUUAACAUUAUUGACCAAAUCUGAAGAGAGAGUAUUUUACACUACAGUAAUUUUUAAUGUCAUUGAAACAAUCUGAACAGUUUGUAAAACAGGUUUUUUUUUUAUAAACACUAAUGACCAAUUAUGGAAUGUAGUUUAGUCAUUUUGACACUAGGAACCAUAUGAAGAGUUCAGGCGCAAAACGCGAUAUAUCCAUUUUUCAUUUUCAGUAAAAGUGAGUUUUUUAAUUGGCGUAUAUCGCAUUUUGAUACAAAACACCGGGAUUUAACCAAUACAAUUUCAUACGGAUGAAUCACGUUCUGCAGCAAAACAGUGGGCCUACGAUUAGCCCUUACAGACAUACAAUAAUGGCUUUAACUAAAAACAAGAAAGAAAAUGGUUUAUAUUGCAUUUUGUGCCUGAAGUCUUCAUAUAUUUGAACAGAUGACCUACAAUUACUUUAAAUUUAUACUAUUUGGAGAGUUUUUGUUCUGUAUCCAAAAGAACCAUUUGAAAGCUACAAUCUUAAGAUUAUUUUUGUUAACUAUACUUAACUACUGUUUAGGCCAUAAUAAAAUUUUCAUCCAGUUUUUUUUUUUUUUUUUAAACUGGUAGGGGUAAGAAAUUUUAGUUUUUAUUUUACAUCUAAGAACAUUGUGUUUUUUGAGCAAGUAUAAAACAUGGGGGUGGGCCUUUAUCCUCAAGGCAGGCUAGGGAUAAAAAUCUGAUUUAUUUUAUCACUGCCUUACCUUUUAUGAAAUACCAUUUUUUGAUAUCCUAUAGAACCCAUAGACAGGAUAGCACAUACCAUAGCCUAUGAAGUACCAGUUGUGGUGCACUGGCUGGUGCUAGAAAUAAUUGAUAUCCUAUAGAUGCAGUGUUUAGUCUAGGUAACAUAUAUGUAGUCAGUUACCAUAAACUGUCAGUUCAUGCUACGCUUCCUCUACAGUUGUCUGUAAAAUGUAUUGAAAGACUAUUUUGACAUACAAAGGCAGUUGACUGAAUACAUUGAUACUGAAACACAACACUAUUAAAACUGCUGUUGUAUUUGUAUUUUGUAGGCUAUUAUAUUGUUGAGAUGUUUGCAGUUUUAAUGUAUGUGAACAGUGAACAAAAAGAAGAAGUUGUAUAUGAUUUAAAUAAAAGCCAUGUUACCACCAAAGAA